UCUCCUUCUCUUUCUCUGUAAGGUUUUUUAACAGAUAAAAAACAAAUUGGAUCUAUAUAUAUAUAUAUAUAUAUAGAUAUACACAGAAGCACACACCACCUACUCCUCCCUCCCUCUCUCGCUCGCUCGCUCGCUCUCUCUGUCUUUGAAUCAAAUAUGCGAAUCCGAAAGAACGCGAAGCUCUCGACAAUACUGCAGUUCUCGGCGGCACCGGAGUGGAGGCUACAGACGCACGUGUGCCAGCUGAACCAAUCGCCAUGGGAUGUGAUUAACUUCUCCGACGAGACUUAUCCAGCUCCCUCUCUCAAUCAGUUGGGAGGAAAUGAUAGCUUCGCUUUGGAUACGAGCUUGAGGGAUUCUGCUGGUGUUGUGGAGAGCGUGGAGUCGAUGAUGGAUUGUGAAGACUACGAGGCUAUGGAAAUGAAAACCAACGAGGAUAAUGGAGGAGAAGAAAACAAGCUGGAAGGGACGAAAAACAAGAAGAAGAAAUUCUGCAAGGGAUUGAACAACAAAACCAGCUGUGUUUCCACCAAGAGAGGAGCUGCGAUGGCGGAGCGCCGAACCCGACCUGGGCGAGCGAAGAAGGGAUCCUCUUGCAACUCAUCGAAUCCCUAUGAAUUUUACUAUUAUUCUGGAUUUGGGCCUUCCUGGGGGAAGAGAAGAGCUGAUAGAAUUAAUGGAGGUGGUGGGGAAACCAAAAUUAAGAGCAAGUUUUCCAAGUCAAGAGAUGUGGAGGCCGACAUUAUUCAAAACACAACAGCACCGCCAUUAUCUCUAGUUGAUCGCAUUGAAGAAGUUGAUUUCGUGGAGGAGGAAGAUGAUUACGAAGAAGAUGACGACGAUGAGCAGCAGAGAUGCAGCAGCAAUGGAGGGAAAAAGCGUGUUCGAAAGCUUGUUAAGGCUCGAUCUUUGAAAUCUCUUAUGUGAAGGGAAAUAGAAAGUUCUUGUAGAUUAAAAUAAAUAAAAAAAACCUAGAUUUUAUUUUUAAUUUAUAUUAAUUUACAUGUUUUAUGUGUCUGAAUGAAUAUUGCCCGAUUUUGGAUUUCAAUUUUUUAGGGUUUUCGAUCUU